AUGACGAUGAACUUGUCCAGCGUUUCUCAACUCCUUGAAGACAUGGAAAAUUGGGACAAGGACAAACGGUUUAUGGCUGCGUCUGACUUGACCCAAGAGGUUACUAUGUCGAACCAGGUCCUCGAUGUUCAUCUGCAAAAGAGAGUUUGCCAAGCUUUCGUGAAACAAUUGGAGGAUCAGAGCAUAGAUGUCCAGGGCAACGCAGUAAAGUGUUUGGCAAAGAUUGUGUGCAAGUUCCAAGAACAACAGAUUGGUGAGGUGCUAGCAAAACUGUGCCAGCAAGUCCUUGAUGGCAAGGCAGAGGUUCGAGAUAUUUACGCGACCUGCUUGAAGGGUCUUCUCACAGAGCUGCCUGCUACCUGCAGUGCGCUUGCUUGCCAAAAUGUCUUGCCCAAGAUGCUUCACGGCAUCACGUCUAUCCCUUCAUUAGAGGUGAAGGAGGAAUGCACAGACGUUUUUCAUGACUUCCUCAAGCGAUUUGGCGACAACCGAAUCAUGCAGUGGUCAGACCAGGACAACAUGGCUACCUCGUUGUUGAACUUGCUGAAGCCCAAGCAGCACAAAACAUCCCUUCGGAAAAAGGUCAUUGCCUGUAUAGGAGCCCUAUCAGCAGUCUUGGCAGACCGUCAGCUAGACACUCUCAUGAGGACGUUGCUGGGAGACGUCAGAUCUGCAGGGUCAAAAUCAGACAAGCAGAAGUACAUUCAAUGUAUCAGCACUGUCAGCCGAAAUGUUGGUUUCAGAAUUGGGCAGCAUUUGAAAGAGAUUGCGCCCUUGUUCCUGCAAAUUGUCAACCAGGCAACGCAGGAGGACGUCUCUAUGGAUGGUGACAACGAAAAGGACCACGAGGUAGUUGAGAACUGCCUGAAUGCCUUUGAGUGCUUUGUCUUGCGCAGUUCCAAAGAGAUGGCUCCACACUUGGACGAGCUUUGUGGAGUGGUCCUGACUCUCAUCUCUUAUGACCCGAACUUCUACGACUCAGGAGAUGCUCAGGAUGCAGUGAUGGAGGAGUUUGAAGAGUUUGAUGAAGAUGGCCUGGUUGACUCCGAUGACGACGACAACUCCUGGAAAGUAAGAAGAGCUGCCUUGAAGGUGCUUGAAGCGAUGGUCAAAGGGCUACCAGACAGGUUAGAUGAGAUCUACGCCAAGUUUGCGCAGCCACUGAUCAAUCGCUUCAACGAACGUGAGGAAAGCGUCAAGCUCGAUGUUUUCACAACUUUUGGAGAAAUGGCACAAGCUGCUGUAAUCAAGACACAGCCUUUUCUGGUCGCAUCGACUGGAGCUCCUUCUGCGCCUUCAUCCUCCGUUUUGGAGGUGGAGCGUCCUGCGCCCCCUAAGGAGAGACCGAAUGCUCAUCAUUUGAUCGCUGUUAUGCCGUCAUGCAUAUCUCAGCUGAAUAAGCAGAUGCGCUCAAAGGCUGCCAAGACUCGGCAGGGUGCAUUAGCACUUUUGCGGAUUUUGUCUGAGUGUAUUCCGCAGCAUGUGGAGCCAAAUAUUCCUCAGGUAAAGGACGAGUUGAUUCGGGCCAUGAAGGAGUCCAAUUCUUCAAUGCGGCUGGACAGCUUGGUUCUGAUGAGGCACCUAGCUGAAAACUUUGUUCAAGCCACUAUGUACCAGCAGCUUGCCACAGAGCUAUGCCCUUUGUUUCUUUCUUGCUGUUCUGACACCUACUACAAGUCCAUUGCGCAGGCACUUCGUGCAAUCGGCGCCUAUGUUUACACGCUCAGGCCGACUCCUGAGCAAACAAGCACAGAGCUCAAGGAGAUGAUACCUGUCUUCGAGGUGCUGAAAGCGAAGCUUCUUGCCACUGACAUUGACCAGGAGGUGAAAGAAAGUGCAUUAGAAUGCCUUGGGAACUUGGUGGCCUGCACUGGGGACCUUCCAGACUUCCAGCCCAUGAUUCAAGACUGCCUCCCUUCUUUUGUGGAGCGCAUUAAGAACGAGGUGACACGUUCGACAGCAAUCAAAGCGUUGAGGACAAUCUGCAUGUCCAAGGUUCAGAUAAUUGCAAUCAGCUCUAUUCUUCCAGCGGUGGGGAGUAGCCUGUCGCAAUACCUGAGCCAGAACAGUCGUGCAUUUAGGCAGCAAUGUUUGGAUGCGCUUGUGCACCUCAUCAGAAAGUAUGGAAGCAGCAUUCCAACAGACACCACAAUGCAGAUACUAGGUGACAUGGUGGCGUUCAUCACGGACACGGAUUUGUACAUCACAGAUCUUUGUGUCCAGAUAGCUGUCCAAGUCCUGAUCACUUCACCGAGGAUGGCGGCUUCUGUCAUUGAACGCUGCGUGCCAGCCGUCUUGUCAGUCUGUAGAUCACCACUGCUUCAAGGAAGUGCAUUGGAUUCGAUUUUGAACUUUUUGUCUCGAGUUGCACAACACAGAGAACACUGCCCCUUCGAAAAGCUGCGACAGGAGCUAAGCAAUACAUCAGUGAUUACUUCUGCACAAGCUCAGGCACAGCGCCACGUCAUUGGAACCCUAGCAAAAGGCCUAGCUGCUGUUACUUCUUCAUCGGCGCCAGACGUGCAAAAGGCUGCUGUGCAGCACUUCUUGGAGAGCGUGAGAAAAACAGCAGGGAACUCAUCUCCUGAAGUGAUCCACCAGUGCGAACUUUCUCUUCUUGCACUUGGUGAGACUGGAAAGUACACCGACCUCUCCGGUGUUCCAGGAUUUUGCGAUGUGCUUUUGCAGCAGCUUGAGAGCCAGCAGGAUGAGAUUCGGUUGGCAGCUGCACUGGCACUAGGAUAUGCCACAGUUGGAGCGAUGGGUACAUUGCUGAAAGUUGUGAUCGACAACGUUCAGCAGGCUGGCACAGAAGCUCCGGGACAGAAGAAACAGUACUUGCUGCUCACCUCUCUCAGAGAAGUGAUAGCCAUUGGUGUUGCUGAAAGGCACGGAUCGCGAUCGCUUGCUGAACACCUAAAGCCUCAUGUGGGCCGGGUGUUGCCAAUUCUCCAACAGUAUGCAGAUUCACAGGAGGAAAGCAUGCGAAAUGUCGUGUCGGAGUCGCUGGGACACCUCCUGGCCGUUGAUCAGGAGGCGGUUCUUCAAGCUCUGACAGCCUUGCUCUCCAAAGAAAGGGAGAGUUGGCGAAUGAGAGCCGCAGCUGUGGCAUCCGUGCGGUUUGCAGCAGCCAAGCAUUGUCAGGCUUCAACAGUGCUGCCGCUGAAGGAAGCUUUGCUGCAAUGCCUUGGAGAUGAAGAGCUCCAGGUGCGGAAGGCUGCCCUUCACUCUGUCAACGUGGUUUGUGUUUCGCCAACCUGUUCAGAAAUUCUGCAGGACAGUACAGACUUGAUUUUGGAGCGUAUCAAAGACGAUUCCAAACAAAGGCCAGAACUCAUUCGAGAGGUCGAUUUGGGACCUUUCAAGCACAAGGUCGAUGAUGGCCUCCCGCUGCGCAAGUUUGCAUACACAGUCUGCUGCUCGCUCCUGGCAGCCUAUCCAGAGCAAGUUGCAUCGCCCACAAUCAUCGAUUUGGUGCUUCAAGGGAUGGGCGACAACGAAGACAUCCAGGUAAUCUGCUGUCAGUUGCUCCAGGACUUGUGCUCUUGGAAUUUUGCUCUCUUCCGCAUCAUGGGCCGCGUUGGAGAUUUGGUGGAACCGUUCGACCGCUGCAUCGUGAGAUGGAGUAAGCAGGUGCAGGCAAAGCAGCAAGUUGGUCGGGCCAUGGACAUGCUCAGACUAUAUGCGAGAACUCUCAAGGUUGUCGAGCCGAUCGCCGAAGCCAACCAGCAUAAGGUGUUUGUUGACUUUAUGGGCAGAAUUCUGAAGGACCCCGCUUUUGCUCAAGUCUAUGAGCAAGCCACAGCGGGCAAAGACUCCUUGUGA